AUGGGUCGCUUUUCCGUUGGCUUCCGCCGGAAGUCUACCAUUGGUCUCAACGACGUUAACGAUAAUGCUGUUCCUCCGUCACCAUCUUUUCGUGUGAUGGAGAGACCUGAUGCGGUUCCUGCACCGCAGGUGAACGCCCGAUAUAGCCAGACGAUGCAUGCCCCUAACCAGGCGGCUCCCAUUUCGUACCCUUCUCCUCAGUCGCCCAUUCGACGUAAACCCACGGUUACUGACAAUGACGAUAAUAUGUUUGCUGGCAUGACUGGAUACCGGGGCAGCAAUCUUUCCAAUACUACAAAAGGCACCUCGACCGAUAACUCAUCAAGACACAGCAACGCUUCCACCGCGCCCUCAUCUGCAGACAUGGCUCACCAGACGGACGAGACUCGAAACUUUAAAACAGCCACAUACGAGACGCAAGGCACGGCACCAUCCCGUGGAGCCUCCACAAAGUCCAUUAGCGCUUCGCUUUUCAAGGCCAGCCGUACCUUCUCCUUCGGAUCGAAAAAAGGCAGCGUCCCACCUCCCAAAGAUGAGCCGCCUGUCCCGGAUUUGCCUCCUAUGCUGAACCUUGCCGCGAAUGCUGGCACAACGCCGACCGGCACUGCCAAUGGCCCAGCGUCUCCUUCUCACGCGAAGCCUGGCACCGGUAGCACUGAAGGUGCCCCCAUUGAUCUUGGCUCUGAUUUUAGCGCCAUGUUCGACGCUACGCAAGGCUCGCGCCACACUGCAACGCCCACUAGCCCCGUAGCCGAAGACCGCGCCAUGUCCUUCCAAAAAUCACCUACCCGUCAACUGGGCGACUUCCAGCUCUCCAGCGUGGCAGACGAUGAUGCUAAACUGCUCCAGGAUAGCGUCUCUGCUAUGCGUUUCCUGAACCAGUCCAGCGAAAGCGCCUCUCCAUCAAGCUACCGUGGACAGAGCUCGUCCCCUGCCUCCCCGAUUGCGUCUUCCUUCCACAAGGAGGACAACAUGUUUGACGAAACCUCGUCCCGAUUUGCCCGCGUAACACACCGAUAUGUUCCACGCAGCCCUAUUGUGCCCAAGAACAGAGUCAUGACCCCUGCGCAGUUCGAAAAGUAUCGCCAAGACAAGGAACGAGGUGCUAGCCCUGCAAAGCCAACCGCCACUGUCAAAGCUGUUGCUAAGGAGGACGAAGACGACGAGGAAGUCAACUACGAUGAUGAGGAAGAUGAACAUGAAAAGACAAAACAGCAAACCCUUCGACGCCGACAACAAGAAGCCCAAAUGGCCAACUAUCGCCAACAAAAGAUGAGAGUCGCUGGCGAACCGUCUCCAGCACCGAGCCGAGCCGGUAUGCCACCAUCGCUGACCACUCCUCAGUUCAACGUUACCAAGACGCCGUCGCCUAAUCUCCCUGGCGCUUCCGAUGAGGAUGAUGAUGAGGAAGUACCUCUGGCACUGCUUCAGGCCAACGGCUUUCCUAACAGGAACCGUCCUGCAAGCAGACUUAGCCAGAUUGGUCCCAUGAGGCCUGUCCAGCCACCCAGCCGCCCAGCUUCUAUUAUGGGCGACGCUCCUUCAAACGUGGCUGCCCGCCGAUCAUCAACUCUGCCCGCCUUUGCUCGAAACCUCCCACAAGACCCUUUCGCAAGUGGCGGCCGACCACCUUUGCGCGAAACUGUAUCGUAUCACGACCAGCAACCCAGUCCUGGCCUGCUCCCACCUGGCGGUCUUGUAGGUGUUAUUGCCCACGAAGAACGCUCCAGAGCUAUGCGCCGUGGUAGCCCGAACAUCGACGGUGGCCGUGGCCACUCCACUAGCCCUAAUAUGAUGCAGCAAGGAUUUGAUCCCGUCAUGGGCAUCCCUCACCAGAUGAUGUACCAACAGCCUGCGAUGCAAGGCAGCGCACCUGCUCUCCCUCAGAGCAUGACCCAAAUGUCUAUGGGUGGUAUGCCCAUGCAGAUGCCAAUGAUGCCAAUGAUGAGCCCAGGUGAACAGGCUCAGAUGCAAAUGAACCAGCAGAUGCAGCAAUUCAUGCAGAUGCAGAUGCAGUUUAUGCAGAUGAUGGCACUCAACCAAAACGGCGCCUCCCCGCAAGGCAUGGCUCCAUCCCCAACUCAGUACAUGGCUACACAAUCUAUGACAGACCUGACUGCCCGCCACUCCUUUGUUGGUGAGCCACAACCUGAACGCCUCCACCCAGGCAUGCGCACCAUGAGCAUGGUCCAACCUAGCUCCGCUUCCAUCAUGGGUGGAAUUGCUAGUGGUGCAGCUUCUGUCAGAGGUAUGCCCACUGGCUACGCUCCUUCCAUUGCCCCCUCUGAGCGCAGUAACAUUGGUCUGCCAGGUCGAUACCGUCCAGUGUCUCAAGCUAUCCCAGCUCCUCUGAUUGGAGAGGCUACAAACGCAAACAACUUCAUGUCUGGUGCCAACACCACGGGACCAGAGCCUCUCAAGACGAGUCGUACGAGCGCCAAUAUCAUGCCCAAGGCUUCCGCUGGCUCUGACGAAGAGGACGAUGACCAAGCCUGGGCAGCCAUGAAGACCAAGCGCGAGAAGAAACGAUCCAUCUGGAGAAGCAGAAAGAGCAAUGCCAACGACCUCGUAAUCUAG